GUCUCAAACAAGCCUAACUUUUCGCAACAAAUGGACCCGCCUCUUUUAGCAGCUUCCCCUGAAAAUGAGUUGUCAACACUGCUCGAGACACGGAUCUGCACUUCGGAUUCUAACAGAAAAAAUAAACCAUCUGGGUGUAUUUGGAGUGCUAGUUCUCAUUUAUGACGGAUACUAUGCGAAUUGGGAUGUAGCAGAGUUAAAGUGAAAAUAAAAUCCAUCGGCCUGUUGCCAUUUAAGAAAACAGAAACAUCUCGCCAAUAGAAUCAAAGAGUUUCCUUCAUGUAAAUUUUCUUGACGGAACAUCAGUGUCCACAGACACAUUUCCACUGAGACCUAAUCCUCCAGAAUCCAGCUGUGUGUCCAUGAAGAGUGACCAGUCAAUGGAUCCUCCAAGUAACAUUAGUGGACACACUGAUCCUGGGUUUAGUAGUGGCCCUCAACAUGCCAAAUUCCUCAAGACAUUCAGAUCAGAUCUGAGGAAGAAGUUUGAGUAUCUGUAUGAGGGAACAGCAAAGCAGGGAAACCCAACACUGCUGAAUGAGAUCUACACAGAGCUGUACAUCACAGAGAGUGAUUGUGGAGAGCUCAAUAAUGAGCAUGAGGUGAGACAGAUUGAGACUCAGUCCAGCAGAGCAGCAACAGAAGACACACCGAUCAAAUGCUCUGACAUCUUCAGACCUUUACCUGGACAAGACAAACCCAUCAGAACUGUGCUGACAAAGGGAGUCGCUGGCAUUGGAAAAACAGUCUCUGUGCAGAAGUUCAUCCUGGACUGGGCUGAAGGGAAAGAGAAUCAGGACGUCCAGCUCAUAUUUCCACUUCCUUUCAGAGAGCUCAACUUGAUGAAGGACAAAACACUCAGUCUUUCAGAUCUUCUUCACGUCUUUUUCCCUGAAACAAAAGAAAUGAAACCAUUCAGUGAUGAAUAUAAAGUUGUCUUUGUUUUUGAUGGUCUGGAUGAGUGUCGUUUGUCUCUGAACUUCAAUGUGAAAUUGUGUAAUAUAUCUGAAUCAGCCUCAGUGGAUGUGCUGCUUACAAACCUCAUUGAGGGGAAUCUGCUUCCCUCUGCUCUCAUCUGGAUCACCUCCAGACCCGCAGCAGCUGACCUCGUCCCAUCUGAGUGUGUCCAUCGAGUGACAGAGGUACGAGGCUUCAGUGAGCCUCAGAAGGAGGAAUACUUCAGGAAGAGAAUCAGUGAUCAGAGUCUGGCUGAUAAAAUCAUCACACACCUGAAGUCAUCAAGGCGCCUCUUCAUCAUGUGUCAUAUCCCAGUGUUCUGCUGGAUCUCAGCCACUGUCCUAGAGAAGAUGUUGAGUGAAGCAGAAAGUGGAGAGAUCCCCAAGACUCUCACUCAAAUGUACACACACUUCCUGAUCAUUCAGACCAACAUCAAACAUGAGAAGGACUAUGAGAAAAAAGUGAAGGAUGAAGACAUGAUCCUCAAACUGGGGAAACUGGCGUUCCAGCAGCUUGUGAAAGGAAACCUGAUCUUCUAUGAGGAAGACCUGAGAGAGUGUGGCAUUGAUGAGACAGAAGCAUCAGUGUACUCAGGAUUGUGCACUCAGAUCUUCAGAGAGGAGUUGGGCUUGUAUCAGGGGAAAGUCUUCUGCUUUGUUCAUCUGAGCAUUCAGGAGCAUCUAGCAGCUCUUUAUGUGCUGCUUUCAUUCCUGCUGUACAAGAGGGAUGUGCUCAAUGAAAGCCUCAGCUCAAAACAUUCACAUGAGUUCACGUGUCACACAAUAUCUGACCUGCAUCAGAGAGCCGUGGAUGAGGCUCUGCAGAGUAAGAAUGGACAUCUGGACCUUUUCCUCCGAUUCCUUCUGGGUCUCUCGCUGGAGUCCAAUCAGACACUCCUGAAAACCCUUCUGACACAUGUUGGAAACAUUUCGUACAGUAAAGAGAAAACAAUUAAAUACAUUAAAAUGAGGAUAAGAAUGAAUCCCUCACCAGAGAAAUCCAUCAAUCUGUUCCACUCUUUAAAUGAACUGGGUGAUCAUUCUCUCGUAAAUGAAAUCCAGAAGUGUCUCAGAUCUGGAAGUCUUUUAACCACCAGAUUGUCCUCAUCACAGUGGUCGGCUGUUGUCUUUGUUUUAUUAACCUCCGAGUGUUUGGAUGGGUUUUAUUUGAGUAAAUACAUAAGCAGAGAAAAUGACCAAAACCACACUUCACCGGAUGAAUUACUUCAGAAGCUCUUGCCUGUAGUUGAAGCCUCCAGAUCAGCAGGGUUGAUUGGUUGUAAUAUCACAGCUGAAGGUUGUGCUGCUCUGACUUCAGCUCUGAGAUCAAACUCACUCCUCAGAGAACUAGAUCUGACUGGGAAUAAAAUAGGAGAUGAAGGUCUGAUGCUGCUCUCUGAUGGACUGAAGGAUCCUCACUGUAAACUGGAGACACUGAGGUUGAGUUAUUGUAAUAUCACAGAUGAAAGUUGUGCUGCUCUGACUUCAGCUCUGAGAUCAAACUCACACCUCAGAAAACUGGAUCUGCCUGAUAAUAAAAUAGGAGAUGAAGGUCUGACGCUGCUUUCUGAUGGACUGAAGGAUCCUCACUGUAAACUGGAGAAACUGACGUUGUUUGAUUGUAAUAUCACAGCUGAAGGUUGUGCUGCUCUGGCUUCAGCUCUGAGAUCAAACUCACACCUCAGAAAAGUGGAUCUUUCUGAGAAUAAAAUAGGAGAUGAAGGUCUGAUGCUGCUCUCUGAUGGACUGAAGGAUCCUCACUGUAAACUGGAGAAACUGAAGUUGUAUGAUUGUAAUAUCACAGAUGAAGGUUGUGCUGCUUUGACUUCAGCUCUGAGAUCAAACUCACACCUCAGAGAACUAAAUUUGUCUGAUGAUAAAAUAGGAGAUGGAGGUCUGACGCUGCUCUCUGAUGGACUGCAGGAUCCUCACUGUAAACUGGAGAAACUGACGUUGUAUGAUUGUAAUAUCACAGCUGAAGGUUGUGCUGCCCUGACUUCAGCUCUGAGAUCAAACUCACACCUCAGAGAACUGGGUCUGUCUCAGAGUAAAAUAGGAGGUCGAGGUCUGAUGCUGCUCUCUGAUGGACUGAAGGAUCCUCACUGUAAACUGGAGAAUUUGAUGUUGUAUGAUUGUAAUAUCACAGCUGAAGGUUGUGCUGCUCUGGCUUCAGCUCUGAGAUCAAACUCACAACUCAGAGAACUGAAUCUGUCUGAGAAUAAAAUAGGAGAUGAAGGUCUGAUGCUGCUCUCUGAUGGACUGAAGGAUCCUCACUGUAAACUGGAGAAUCUGAUGUUAUGGGGGUGUGAUAUCACAGCUGAAGGUUGUGCUGCUCUGGCUUCAGCUCUGAGAUCAAACUCACUCCUCAGAGAACUGGAUCUGUCUGAGAAUAAAAUAGGAGGUCAAGGUCUGACACUGCUCUCUGAUGAACUGAAGGAUCCUCACUGUAAACUGGAAAAACUGUGGUUGAGUCAGUGUAAUAUCACAGAUGAAGGUUGUGCUGCUCUGACUUCAGCUCUGAGAUCAAACUCACACCUCACAGAACUGAAUCUGUCUGAGAAUAAAAUUGGAGAUGAAGGUCUGAUGCUGCUCUCUGAUGGACUGAUGGAUCCUCACUGUAAACUGGAGAAUCUGAUGUUGAGUCGGUGUAAUAUCACAGCUGAAGGUUGUGCUGCUCUGGCUUCAGCUCUGAGAUCAAACUCACACCUCAGAGAACUGAAUCUGUCUGGGAAUAUAAUAGGAGAUGGAGGUCUGACGCUGCUCUCUGAUGGACUGAAGGAUCCUCACUGUAAACUGGAGAAACUGUGGUUGAGUCAGUGUAAUAUCACAGAUGAAGGUUGUGCUGCUCUGGCUUCAGCUCUGAGAUCAAACUCACACCUCAGAGAACUGAAUCUGUCUGGGAAUAUAAUAGGAGAUGGAGGUCUGACGCUGCUCUCUGAUGGACUGAAGGAUCCUCACUGUAAACUGGAGAAACUGAGGUUAUGGGGGUGUAAUAUUACAGCUGAAGGUUGUGCUGUUCUGGCUUCAGCUCUGAGAUCAAACUCACACCUCAGAGAACUGGAUCUGACUGAUAAUAAAAUAGGAGGUGGAGGUCUGACGCUGCUCUCUGAUGGACUGAAGGAUCCUCACUGUAAACUGGAGAAACUGAGGUUGGAGGAUUGUAAUAUCACAGCUGAAGGUUGUGCUGCUCUGGCUUCAGCUCUGAGAUCAAACUCACACCUCAGAGAACUGGAUCUGACUGAUAAUAUAAUAGGAGGUGGAGGUCUGACGCUGCUCUCUGAUGGACUGAAGGAUCCUCACUGUAAACUGGAGAAACUGAGGUUGGAGGAUUGUAAUAUCACAGCUGAAGGUUGUGCUGCUCUGGCUUCAGCUCUGAGAUCAAACUCACACCUCAGAGAACUGGAUCUGACUGAUAAUAUAAUAGGAGGUGGAGGUCUGACGCUGCUCUCUGAUGGACUGAAGGAUCCUCACUGUAAACUGGAGAAACUGAGGUUGGAGGAUUGUAAUAUCACAGCUGAAGGUUGUGCUGCUCUGGCUUCAGCUCUGAGAUCAAACUCACACCUCAGAGAACUGGAUCUGACUGAUAAUAUAAUAGGAGGUGGAGGUCUGACGCUGCUCUCUGAUGGACUGAAGGAUCCUCACUGUAAACUGGAGAAACUGAGGUUGGAGGAUUGUAAUAUCACAGCUGAAGGUUGUGCUGCUCUGGCUUCAGCUCUGAGAUCAAACUCACACCUCAGAGAACUGGAUCUGACUGAUAAUAUAAUAGGAGGUGGAGGUCUGACGCUGCUCUCUGAUGGACUGAAGGAUCCUCACUGUAAACUGGAGAAACUGAGGUUGAGUUAUUGUAAUAUCACAGCUGAAGGUUGUGCUGCUCUGGCUUCAGCUCUGAGAUCAAACUCACACCUCAGAGAACUGGAUCUGACUGAUAAUAUAAUAGGAGGUGGAGGUCUGACGCUGCUCUCUGAUGGACUGAAGGAUCCUCACUGUAAACUGGAGAAACUGAGGUUGAGUUAUUGUAAUAUCACAGCUGAAGGUUGUGCUGUUCUGGCUUCAGCUCUGAGAUCAAACUCACACCUCAGAGAACUGAAUCUGACUGAUAAUAUAAUAGGAGAUGGAGGUCUGACGCUGCUCUCUGAUGGACUGAAGGAUCCUCACUGUAAACUGGAGAAACUGAGGUUGAGUUAUUGUAAUAUCACAGCUGAAGGUUGUGCUGUUCUGGCUUCAGCUCUGAGAUCAAACUCACACCUCAGAGAACUGAAUCUGACUGAUAAUAUAAUAGGAGAUGGAGGUCUGACGCUGCUCUCUGAUGGACUGAAGGAUCCUCACUGUAAACUGGAGAAACUGAGGUUGAGUUGCUGUAAUAUCACAGCUGAAGGUUGUGCUGUUCUGGCUUCAGCUCUGAGAUCAAACUCACACCUCAGAGAACUGGAUCUGAAUGGGAAUAUAAUAGGAGGUGGAGGUCUGACGCUGCUCUCUGAUGGACUGAAGGAUCCUCACUGUAAACUGGAGAAACUGAGGUUAUGGGGGUGUAAUAUCACAGCUAAAGGUUGUGCUGCUCUGACUUCAGCUCUGAGAUCAAACUCACACCUCAGAGAACUGGAUCUGACUGAGAAUGAAAUAGGAGAUGCAAGUGUGAAGAGUCUUUCUGCUUUAAAAGAUGAUCCACAUUAUAAACUAGAGACACUGCACUGUGAUUUAUGGUGAAUAUGGAGCCACUAUAGAGACAUCAUCAUCAACACUGAAGUCACGUGACCUUUCCUGGACUUUACUGUAUAUAAAUGUACAUGAAUUUUUUGUAAAAAAUCUAAUAAAGUCUUCCUAUCAUUCA